AUGCAAUUUAGCGAAAUCAUAAAAAUAUUACUAAUGGCGCGUUUUAUAUGCGCACAGCUAGAACUAGAAGAAAUAAAGAAAGUAGAGUGCACUCAGUUUGGUGCCAAUAAAACUGAAUACAUCAAUCCAGGCGGGGCGCUUAGCCCUAUACGUGGACACAUCCUGCACAAAAGCGGGCAUAUGCACAACAAGAGAUUCUUCUCCCCCGAGAUAGAUAUAUCAUAUAGCGUGAAGAAGGCGAAUAACCCAAAUUAUGGCAAUGUGAUAGAUUAUAUUUAUACUAGAAAGCCAGGGCAAGACAACGCGCGUGAAGAAGAUGGAGGCUCUGGGGAAACGGAGGGAUAUUUAUAUAGCUACUACCAGCAGAUUAUACAUAUGUUUCCAUCUGCCAUGGGCGAUCUAUCAAUUUCAUCGGGAAUAUCUAAUUCAUUUUCUCGGUUUAUUGCAGAGCACAGAAAAACCCCAGAUGUAUUGUACGUUCUAAGUGCUUUACUUCUGCUCUCUGAAGGCGUGGACGUUUCCAUCAAAGUAGAGAGGGUUAAUACUACCAAAAGCGAAGAAAGCAGCAUGCGUCUGGUUCUGAGGAAACAAGAUGCAGAUGGCUUCUAUGCCAACUUGGACAUGCGCCUAAAGGAUAUAAACCCUGUUUACAAAGAAAGGAAGAUCACUCAAACAAAAACAGAAAAAACCGUGAAUUUCUUUAAAUCAGCAGCACACCAGGCUGCAUUGGUCAUACCCGCCACUCUUGCAGAGCCAGCCACAUAUAAACAGUUCAUGUCAGGCGAGUUCAUGAAUACUCCGCAGUUUCUGAUUCAGUCGUACAUAUACGAGUUUAUUGACUCAGCAGACAUGUACAUUAAAUUCGUAGGGGCUGUAUACACCCUUCUUACUGAUUAUAUAAAUAAUAUUGAUGGGCGUGCGUGUAAUAAGAAGGAGCAUGCGCAAAAAGUAUUGAAUAGCCUGUUUAUGCAACGAGGUGGUGAUCUGGCUCCUUCUGAGUAUACUGCGUAUUUAUGUAAGCUGGAGGAAUUAAAACAUUCAAAUGGAAUUCUCUUCUUUGAAAAUACAGAGCUGCCUGACUACACAAGGGUUCCAAUAUACAGUGGCGGAAAACCUAUUUCUACAGAUGACUAUUCAAAGUACUACAGUAAUUGUGUUGAGGCCACUCUUCUAGGCCUGUUCUGCUGCUUUGCCUUUGACCCAGAAACAAGAAAGUACACCACUGAGCACAUGCCUGGCGCAUCUGAGGUAUUAGUAGAAUUUUUCUCUACACACAGCACGCCCAAAGAAAAUAUAAAUUAUAGCAUGCAUCUUGACUGGUGUAAAGUAGUGGCUGGACUGGGCAGCUCUAAAAUUGACUAUUUAAGAAACAGCAGGAAUGAACUGUGCUCUGGCUUAAUUAACAUGCUCUAUCUUAUACGGGAAGUAGCAGGGCAUACUAAAGCUCUUGAAGAAGCGAUCAACUAUUUAGAGGCAGUCUGCAGCGAGCAAGAACUAAGUGGAAAGCAUCAAAGAGACACCCAGCGCCAUAUACAGGAAGUCUGUAAGUGUCUCUCAAAGAACCAAGAUGUACAAGUUGUUUGUGAGAUGGUUGAGUCUGGGAAAAGAAGCAAUGGGCGCCCAGACAUAUUUGUUAAAAAUGGUAUUCAGAUUAUAUACACAUUUAAAGAAGUGCAGAGUGGAGUAGCACUGAUGGUAUCAAAAGGGCAUUCGAAAAUUUAUGUUGUAGAAAACUUAAACAGUGCCUCCGAUGAUGUGCAGGAUAUGCUAACCCAGCUAAAAGAAAGGUACAAGCAUACAGGCAGCUAUAUGCGAUGCAUUAUAAAACAUUAUAUUAACAUAGAGAUGGAAAAGAUCAAAAGCAAAGAUGAGUCCUAUGGGUAUAUGCCUAUUGACAUGAUAAACUAUGCAAUAGAUGACAAAAAACAAAACUAUAAUUUCCUUAUGCUAUGGGGGAAAAUAGACACUAUAUUCUAUAAGUCCGCUAUCAUUGAAUCCUUCCUAAUUGAAACCAGCGGGCAAGCAUUCUCCUGCGAUAGUUCUAUUGUGCGAUUCACUGAGAAUAUUUUGGGAAGUGUUUUGCUUGACACAGAAAUCGAAAGAGACUCAGUUCUACUUGCAGCUGCCUGCAAUCUGAACUACAUGCAAUACUACAAAAAAAUUGAGUAUAAUAUUUUGGAAGCAGCUGCGCUUGAUUUAACCUGCAGUGAGGCCACUCUAUUAAUACAAAAUAUAUUUCUCAGCAACUUUUCCAAGAACGGCACACUUCAGUCCUUUAAGUCUAUAUUACAGGUUUAUAGAGGCAAUUCACACAUGUUUCAGAUUCUUGCUAGUGAUUCUAUCUUCCAGUCGGUUUUUGGCAGCCUGAUUGAUACAAUGCCCAACGCCUUAAGCGAGGUGGUGUCUAUUAUAAAACUAAGCAUGCAGCCAGUUGAUAGGUAUACAUCAAACGAUAUUUUCACAGCAUGGCUCAUUCAUGCUAGCCGGAUGAACUCACUUUCUCUGCAGAUAGUUGAAUUUAUAUACAAUACAGUAGACCAUAGGAGUAUGUCCAGUGCAUGUUUGCAACUAAUUAAUUUGGGGGUGCUUGAAAAAGAAAAGGUUCUUAGUCUAUUGGAUAAUACAAAAGGUCUUUUGUGCCAGGACAGAACAGAGGCAUGCUUAGAGAAAUACAACAAAAUACAUUUGUUUUUCCAAGAAUGUAAGCCCAGAAUAUUAGUUAAGAGUGCUAGUACUCUUUUCUAGACAUUCCUA